GCACACGACACACCCUCUCUCUCUUUCUCUCUCUCAGGUUUUUUUGAACUUAAGAUAUCUAUGAGAUUAGGGUUUCGAACUUCAAAAGAAGAAAUACACCAAUCCUUUUUUUUCCCUCAAAAUUUAUUGUUCGAAUACAUUUCCUUCUUUUAAUUUCCCCAUUUUCAUUUGAACAAGAAUUUGACACUUCUUCUAAAUUGCUGUGACCAAAGUGUCUAUGUGAAACCCAACUUCCUCUCUCUAAAUUAUUACCAUGAGCUUCGCUGAUCCAUCGAUGGCAUUGCUAGCUGCGAGCGGCGGCGACACUGUGAAGCUCUUCGACAUUUCUGUCGAGCCACGCGAUCCUUGUACCUUAAGUUACACUCCCUCGCCGGGUUACCAAGUCAACUCCGUCAAGUGGAACCAUACAAAUUUGGUGGUGGCAAGUGCCGGAGACGAUAAGAAGAUAUCACUGUGGCGGGAAAAUGGGCAGAGUAUAGGGACCAUUCCGGUGGCAGGCAGUGAUAGCGGUGAUAACAUUGAGGAGUCUAUAUACACUAUCAACUUUAGCAACAAAGGAUCCAGGUACAUUUGUUCUGGAGGAAGUGGCCGAGUUGUAAGAAUAUGGGAUUUGCAGCGAAAACGCUGUAUCAAAUGGCUGAGAGGUCAUACCGAUACGAUAACCGGUGCAAUGUACAACUGCAAAGACGAGCACUUGGCUUCUGUCAGUCUUAAUGGGGAUCUUAUUCUUCACAACCUUGCUUCUAGUGCAAGGGCUACUGAACUCAAGGAUCCUAAUGGACAGGUGUUGAGAGUGCUUGAUUAUUCUCGGAUUAGCAGACACCUUUUGGUGACUGCUGGUGAUGAUGGGUCCGUUCAUCUGUGGGAUAUGACCGGUCGCAGCCCAAAGGUUUCUUGGUUGAAGCAGCAUUCUGCACCAGCCUCUGGUGUUAGUUUUUCACCAUCAAAUGAUAAGAUAAUUGCUAGUGUCGGUCUGGAUAAAAAGUUACACACUUUUGACUCGGGAACUCGGAAACCCUCAUUUUGUAUUCCUUAUGAGGCACCUUUCUCUUCCUUAGCAUUUAGAGACGAUGGAUUGGUACUGGCAGCAGGAACGAGCAAUGGACGAAUUGUAUUUUAUGAUGUCCGUGGAAAGCCACAACCUUUAACUGUUCUUCGUGCUUAUGGCAGUUCUGAGGCUGUCACAAAUCUAUGCUGGCAAAGAUCAAAACCUCUCGUUGUAAAUGAAAACAAUUGCACAUCUGAGACUGCUCUCCUGGGAGGUGCUGUAGAGGAUUCAAUUCUUAUGCCUGACCCGCUUCCCUCUGUAACAUCAUCAACCCUUUCAACAUCCACCACAGUAUCUGGUUUUCGCAAUCCUGGUCGUUUAGGUGUCUCUGCAGAGUUAUCUUCUUUUCCAGCCGCCAGUGGUGGAUCUAUAUCAAGCACACUCAAUUUAUCUACUGCAGAGGUGACACCAAUUCAAAGCAGUAUUUGGACAGGUGGAACUUUAACAAGAUUACAUGCACCUCGUAGUUAUAAGGAUGAUAUGGAGGUGUUUUCGCCACUUGUGGAAGUUCAGCCAAUUACACCCUCGCUUGAUAAGCUGUGGGAUGACCAAGGGGGAGCAAGAAAAGAUCAUGAUAAGAAAUCUUCUCUGUUGUUUCCUUCGUCUAGGAGAUUCCCGCUUUCAGAUGAAGGGGCCAAUGAUUCUAAUCCAAUAUUCGAUUGGAAAUCUACUUCAACUUCCAGACAGUUGGUAUCAACUCCUACGGCACCUUUGAAGAUUGAUGACUCUUCCUCCAUAACUCCUCCAGAGGCUUGGGGUGGUGCAGGAUUGCCUGAUAAAUUCACGUACCACCAUCAGUCGGUUACUAUACCUUCUCGUUUGGCAAUGUUGACAUCAAGUAGUCUGAUAUCAGGAUCAAUGUUUUCUGGAUUGCAAGAUUUUUCUACUAGCCAGAUAAAUACGAGCUUUGCAGCAAAUUCAAGCGUGGGUUUGGCAAAUUUGCAUUCCAAAGACACGUCCUCCAAUCCAGAGACUUCAAUUGGAUUUUCAGAUCAUAUUCCCUUCAGUCCCACUUCUCUUUCUCUAGGUACAAAAGGCAUUACAGGGCAGGCUAACCUGGAAUCUGUGGGACCAGCAUUGACCCUCCCCCGAAGAUUUUCCAGUUAUGCCGAGAGAAUAAGUGCCACUCCAUCCUUUAGUGACGGAACAUCUCUGUCAGUGAGUUCACCAAAAACUAAGAAAACAGGAGCGGAAACAAGGGAACAACUUUUGAAUAGCUUAUUGUCAAGGUCUGAUGUAUCAUCUGCUGCAGAAGCUGGGAUUCUUCCGGCCAUGAAUGGUGGAAUAACACAGCCUCAGAAGACAACAACACAGCCUGACGCACAGCAGGGAUCUUCCUUUACUCUUCAGCUGUUUCAACGAACCCUUGAAGAAACUCUUUCUUCCUUUCAGAAAUCCAUUCAUGCGGACAUGAGAAAUCUCCAUAUAGAAAUUUUGAGACAAUUCCAUAUACAGGAGAUGGAAAUGUCAAGUGUGAUGAGCACGAUCUUGGAUAACCAAGCUGAGCUGAUGAAAGAAGUUCAGUCACUCCGCAAAGAAACCCAGCAACUCCGCCAAUUAUUAUGAUCAUCAGCUGAGAUCUUGUGUGUUUUCUUAUUUAUGGAAGUUGUUUUGGUGCUAGCUCGUGCUUUGUUUCCUGCAUUUGCAAUUCAUUUGUGGGUGCCAUGUUUUAUGGAAUGGGCCAUAAUGGUUUUGCUCUUGUGCAAUUUCUAGUUGUAGGCACUGUAGUUGUGUGUAUUUUUUUUUUUUUUAAAUCAGUCUUGUUAGUGUAUUCCUCGAGGCUGAAAUAGAGAGGAAGUGUGGGUUUUUUUUUGUCGUGGGGUGAA